UUUAUUGUCAGUGGCUUUCAGUUCUUAGUGUUGAUAUGGACAGUAUGUAAGUGGUUGGUUUUUGUUUUUUUUUUCUUUUUAAUGUGCUGCUAAGUCAGCUCAGAUUACUCUAUGCAUAGGAACAAAACAUCAUCUUCAUCAACUUCAGAAGUAUUACUUCCGUUUUGCCAAGCUCUUUGUCAUCACUUUCUCUUUCUCUUACUCGGGCUUUACAGGGCGAUUCUUUAAAGCCAGUAAAUGAAGAUUUUCAGCACAGAACCGAAUGGCUUGCAGGAUAUGCAGAAAGCAUGGUACUAUGAAGAGCAUGGUCCUAAAGAAGUGCUAAAGCUUGGAGAUUUCCUCAUUCCUGUUCCUCAACAUGAUCAGCUUCUUGUCCAGGUUCAAGCUGCUGCUUUGAAUCCUAUCGAUUUCAAGCUGAGGCAGACCUCUUUAGUCCCCAUGAAUUUCCCUGUGAUUCCUGGAUGUGAUAUGGCAGGUAUUGUCGUCGCGAAGGGGAGUGGUGUGACCAAAUUCGACAUUGGAGAUGAGGUCUAUGGGAACAUCCACAACUUCAACUUGGAAGGGGAGCUGAAGAGGAUGGGAACACUGGCAGAGUUCACAGUUGUUGAGGAGACUUUGGUGGCUAUGAAGCCUAAGAAUCUGACAUUCAAGGCGGCAGCCAGCUUGCCAUUGGCGAUUCAGACAGCCGCCCAAGGUUUCAGGACUGCAGGGUUUCAAGAAGGGCAGAGUGUGUUCAUAGUUGGAGGAGCUGGUGGUGUAGGAUCUCUGGCUGUUCAGCUUGCCAAGCAUGUCUAUGGAGCUUCUUCUGUUGCAGCCACAACUAGUGCCCCUAAGGUUGAGUUUGUCAAAUGUUUGGGUGCUGACAAGGUUGUUGACUACACCAACACCACAUAUGAACAAAUCCCAGAAACAUAUGAUCUUGUCUAUGACACAAUUGGCGAUUCUAUAAACUCGUUUGUGGUUGCCAAAGAAAAUGCAACAAUUAUUGACAUAACAUGGCCGCCGUCGAAUCCCAGAGCAGUGCACUCAGGCUUGACAGUGUCUGGGGAAAUUCUGGAGAAGCUGAAGCCAUUUUUGGAGAGUGGAAAGGUGAAAGCAGUGAUUGAUCCUGCAGGUCCAUUCCAUUUCUGUAAUGUGGUUGAAGCUUUUGGGUAUAUUGAAACUGGGAGAGCUAGAGGCAAAGUUGUGAUCUCUCCCUUCCCUUCAUGGCAUUAUCCCAUUGAUUUCUGAGAUGGGAAUGAAUCUUUGUUUGUGUUCAUAUGUACAAAUGUUUUACCAGUGAAGACAACCUUUGAUUUUCGUAAUGCAUGUUCCUUUGUCAAAAUGCUUUAAUGGUUUAUCCUUAAUAAAGAGUAUUGUGGACCA